UUUUGUAAUUAAGACCUGUGUCUGUGUCCUUACUUUCUGUUCUGUUUUCUCUCUCACUCUCUCACUCUCUCUGUGUUGUGUUGUUGCCACCACCACACUCCACUCCACAUCUCACACUACAAGCAAACUGUUCCCAACUCCAAUCAACAUUAUCACAUCCCUUUCCCAUUUCCUUUCCUAGAACUCUGCAAAUUUUCUCUGUGGUCCAAACCUCCCAUUUUCAUCACAAUCUUUGCUCUUAACAAUCACCAAAAAAUCUUCUCUCUCUCUCUCUCUCUCCCUUAUCACAAACCCAAAAAAACUCUGAACCUUCUGGGUCUAAAACAGACCCAGAAUCAGAGUGUUGAUAUCAGAACCCCCCAGAUGCAUUCAGAGUCUCUCUAACCAUGAAAUGAGUUUGAGUUGGUUCAUAUCUCUUGUUGGGGGGGUGAAUGGGUUGCAUGGUGUCUCAGCUAGCUGCAAAGUUUGCAUUCUUCCCACCUUCUCCACCCACUUACCAGCUCAAGAAGCGUGACGACGGCAAGCUCACGGUGGUCUCGGCGGCGUCGCCGUCGGUUCCUAUUCCUCACGCCGAUGACAGCUCCUUGGAUGUUCUGCUUGUUGAUACCAAACAUGGCAACAAGAUUGUGGCGUUUUAUCUGAAGAAUCCUUAUGCUCGUCUCACUCUGCUCUACUCUCAUGGCAAUGCUGCUGACCUUGGUCAACUCUAUGAUCUCUUUGUGCAACUCAAGGUCAAUCUUAGAGUUAAUCUCAUGGGAUAUGACUACUCUGGAUAUGGGGCCUCUACUGGCAAGCCUAGUGAAUCCAGCACAUAUGCUGACAUAGAGGCUAUAUAUGAAUGCCUUGAAUCUGAAUAUGGAGUUGGCCAGGAAGACAUAAUCUUGUAUGGGCAGUCAGUUGGAAGUGGGCCAACGUUGCACUUGGCAGCUAAAUUGCCAAGGUUGAGAGGCGUGGUUCUACACAGCGGCAUUCUUUCUGGUCUUCGAGUGCUUUGUCAUGUCAAGUUCUCAUUUUGCUUUGACAUUUAUAAGAACAUAAACAAAAUAAAGAAAGUCAAGUGCCCUGUACUGGUAAUACAUGGUACAGAAGAUGAUGUUGUCAAUUGGUUACAUGGUAAUGGACUUUGGAAAAUGGCAAGGGAGUCGUAUGACCCCUUGUGGAUUAAAGGAGGUGGUCACUGCAACUUGGAGCUUUAUCCCGAUUACAUCCGACAUCUUUGCAAAUUCAUCCAAGAAAUGGAGAGCAUUACAACUGAAAAGCGCCUCAAAAAGCUUCGACAAAGUCAGGGUCCGCAGUCAAACUCAAGCUCUUGUUUCAGCUGUAGUUGCUGCAGAAUGAAAUGUUGUAGUAACAACUGCACUGGCUGCUCAAAUUGCAGCUGCAUAAACCCUGAAUGCUGCAAUUGCAGCUGCAUAAACCCUGAAUGCUUCAAUUGCAGCUGCAUAAACUGUUCCUGCUCUCUCAAAUGUACUCAAUGCUGUUGUUUACCUAGCUGCAUUAAGUGCUGUCACUUACCCAAGUUCUCUACUUGUUUUGGAUCAAGCUGCUGCACAAAAUGCUCAAGGCCUAGUUGUUGCUUCAAAUGUUGCUGCAACUUGCGUUGUGCGAGACCAAGUUGCUGCUGCAUGAGUUGUUUCUGUUGGCGAUGUUGUGUGGGAAAACACAGUGGCAGAGAUGAGAAACAAAGUGGCUAGUGGUUAUUAUAUGGUUGUAUAGAGAUGGCCAAUCUUUUCUAACACCCUUAUUGUGCAGAGGUGUAAAAACAAGAGGAAGUGGAGGAUGACAAUUGUAGGAGGAAGGUGAUAUGAUCCAGUUUGCUCUAUCUUUUCUGGUUCAUCUGGAUAUUAAUUCUUAUGUUGUAUCAGAAGAUUUUACUCAUAACGUUGGUGUUUGAAUUAACUUUUGAUGCAGUUGGUGAAUGACAAUGUGUCUUCCCCAUUGAA